AAAAAAAAAAAAAAAAAAAAAGAACGAGCGCAAGCGCAACAAGACAUCGACGAUCGCGACGCAGGUUCAAGCUCACUGAUGAGUUGGCCAUUCGUUCCAUGUAUCGGCUCGCGAUACCAUUCUGACCUGUCCCCUCACAAAGUGGUCGUGCCGUCGGCGCAAGCGCAGACGGGCGAGCACUGUUCGAUCCCUAUCUCAUGUCUUUCCGACAUGUCGUAUAAAUCCACCCUGACUGUCUUCAACAGAAUCAGUUGCGUCGCCCCUGACGUUUUACCUCCUGGUGACAAAGCUGUUUGCUGCCUUUCUUGAUCAACGACGGAGCACGCUGCGGAGAACAGCAUAAUAAUCGCUAGGCAGGUGCUAUGCAGGUUGAUCGCAGGGGCUUGUGUGCUACGAUUCGUAUUCGCGAUGGUCGCAAAUCGUUCCUGUACUCCAGAUGAACGUUUCAGCGUCACGAAGGUGUACCGAUUGCCUAGGACAGCCUAUACGGGUUACGGGUAUGGCCCUUGCCACAUAGAUACAUCGCCAUGCGUACAGUGGCAAUCGGACGGGUACGGCGGAUCUUCAGAAUCAUCCGUGUACGUGUACGUUACAGUGUACGUUUUGCCGUUGUCUUCGACCUGCGUCUCCGUCGUGGUCGCAAGCGGCCAGUUCGUUUCGACCACCGUGAACGUCGUCGUCUCGAAGGGCCCAGUGGUCGUGGGCGCGAUGAUUGAGAGCGUCUGGGUGACGACCUCGGUGGUGAUAACGGGGCACGCAGGAUCUGUAGUGGUAGCAAGACUCACCCGAUGCUGUACGGCCUUCGGCACUGCGGAGACUCCCAGAACGGCCAGGCCAGCGAGUGCGGUGAGCUUGAACGCAAUCAUCUUGAGUCGGACAACGGAUCUAGCCCACGCCCGGCUUUAUACAGCACGGCUGACCCGAGAGCCAUCCUCUAGCCAAGGGCGACUGGGGAAUGACUGAGCUGUUGACAUGGCCCGAUAGCAGAAGCAGCCUACGCCCGCUCAGAAGGCGCUGCGAUGGGAGACACAGU